AUGCUGCGCAGAAAGAUAGCCUCAUUCGAAGCCGGUUUUCUUCCAUCAAACUAUAACAUAGCCGUCGGACUCAGAUGUAAGGAUAAAAAGAGUGUUGACUUAGUUGUGGAUAAACUUGCCAAAUCUUUCUGCGGUUUCCACACACAUAUUGAAGGUGAUGAAUUUGUAUUCAAGCCACGUGAUGUCCCAGUAUACAAAUUACCAUCAAAUGUUACUUCCCUUCAAGAUCAAAUUUAUUAUUUGGAAAAUAAUUUCAUGAAAAACCCAUCCCAAAUUAUGAGUUCCAUUGCUAUAUCGGAUAAUAGCGUAGUUUUCUCAUCAUCACAUGGACUUUAUGAUGGAACUACAGUUAAAGAUUUCAUUAAUAGUUUAAGUGACGGAAAAGAAUUGCCAAAGCUCAAGCUUUCUGAAUCUAUUUUUGAUCCAUUCCUCAAAGAAAUCCAAUCCACAAAAUGCACCAUUCCAAAUUACUUCACAGACAAAGAUGCUCUCAGAUUUACAUCAUCUGAUAAUGAUUUCAAGAGUAUUCCAGGAAAUUCAACUGUUAUCAAUGAAAUAUUAUAUGACAACGAGUUCCAGAUCUAUGAUAAGAAAGACAAAAAACUACACGGCUUGACGGAAGCUUCAUUUUCUUCAUUAGUUCUUGCUGUUAGUGCAUUGAAUGGAAAAUUCGAAAAGACAGGAUUGUUGGAAGUUAUUGGAAUGAGGAACAAUGCAAGCAAAAAUCUUGACCUCAGACAAGGACAGUACAUUGCAAAUAUUCCAAUCAGUAUCAAGGCCACAACGGAUACAACUAUUAGAGAAAUGAUGAAUCUUUACAGAAAGGACAUGAAAGAGAAAUUGGCAAACAAAGCAACAUUCCAAUUCAUGAAAGGAAUGAAGGACGGUUUCCCAGAAGGACCAAUCAUCAAUGGAGCACCAAUUAUUUUGUCUUCAAUUGGUAACUUCACUGUACAUGGCCCAUUAACUGAUGCAUAUAUGAUGACAACAUCAUAUGGUGAUGUUCCAUUUGCACAUUUGCCAAUGAUUAUGUACAGUGUUGAUGAUGGUAAAAAGAAGAAGUUUGUUUUAUCUUGCAACUAUUCAACAAAGACGCUUAGUUCAAGAGAAGGAACAGCAUUUACUGCACUUACAGCAUAUUCCUUGAAGAAUAUCGAUCUGAACAUGAAGAUUGGAGAAGCAGUCGAUAGAUUAAUUGAAGAAAAGAAGAACAUUUAUAAGAAGACAAAUACAAUUGAUAGAGUUAUAAAGUUCUAA